CGCCAUCUGCCUUACACUUGGAUUUUCCUGCUGUCACAACCUUAACGCCAUAAUGAUCCAUGAAGAGAGCCCUCUAUUGAGCGAUUUACAUGCCUCGAAGUCAAAAAAUAUCAAAAUCACAAAGAUUUUGGCUGGUUUAGUUGGCGUUUUCCUGGCAAGUGCAGACAAGUCUAUUCUGCUGGCUAUACAGGGUGAAAUUGCUUCUUCACUUCGAUCGCCGUCCAGCGCACCACUCCUACUGGUAUCAUAUAACUUGGGGUUUUGUAUUGCGUUGCCUGUGUAUGGAUUCCUGAGUGAUUUAUACGGCUGUCGCCGGUUCCUUCUGUCGGCAUAUGCCUUGUUCUCGAUUGGAUGUUUGAUAUCUGGACUUUCCAAAACAAUAUGGCCAUUUGUAUUCGGUCGCCUGAUCGCAGGCAUUGGGGGCGCUGGUAUGACGGAUCUGCUUUCAGUCCUGAUCAACGAGAUUUUUUGCAUCAAUCAAGUUGCGUCGGUACGAAGCUAUGUCAUUGGUGCUGGAAUUCUUGGGCAGGGUUUCGGAGGGCCCCUAGGUGGGCUGAUCGCCGACUUCAUGGGCUGGCGGUGGUCCUUGAUAGGCCAAGCGCCAAUUGGGGUGCUAUGCCUUGCUCUAGCGCAUUGGCAACUUCCGGCCUCUCGCAAAACGAUCAACUCCGAGACAUGCAUCAGCCUAUGGAGCUUUGAUUCUUUGGGCCUCGGUGCCAUUUUUAUUUCAGUGACAUCCUUCAUCCUGGCAACGACCGAAGGAGGAAACGCUUUUCCAUCCUUGAAUAGGUCAACUUUGCUGGCUGUAUCGUGCGCAUCUCUAGCAGCCUUGAUACUGAUCGAACGAUUCGGCACCAAAAACCCCAUUAUCCCCUCUUCUGUUGUCUGUGCAUCCGGCAUGGGCGGUGUCCUCUUUGGCCAGGUCGUAUAUUUUGCGAGCAUCACUACGAUUCUGAAUAAUCUGUCACCCUAUUUGUCCCAGGUCGACCAUCUUUCCAACUCCGCUAUUUCCAUGCGAAUCGGAAUCUCUGGCCUCGGGCUGAUCUUAGGGUCCGUAAUAGCUGGGAAAGCCCUGAGCAAAACUGUCAAAUACCGUAAAGUGGCUCUCAUUGCUAUUUCCAUAAGCAUCCUAUCCCAGUUUGUCAUGAUAGUGCGCUGGGCCAACGGCAUUCAAGGACUUGAGGUGCACUAUUGCUUCCCCUGGGCGACGGGAAGUGGAAUGCUGCUUUCGGCACAAUUCAUUGCGCUGACUAUUUGUGCCCCCGAGGGGCAAAUGGCAAGUGCCACUGCGGUAUAUUAUCUGUCGCAGCAAGUUGGGCAAAUUAUUGGCACUAGCGUCAGCACUGCAGCUCUUCAACAACUAUUUCGCCGUCGACUUGACAUCGAUUUGGGCAGCAUUUCCCUUCCGAGAAAAGACCAGUUAAUCGAUGACAUUGUCAAAGACUACGGGAUCUCCAAAAAUUUACCACUGGCAAUCCAGGCAGUGGUGCAAUCCAGCUACAUCGAAGCGUAUCGGCUGAUUCCUGCACUUGCUAUGGCAUUGACCGUUAUCUGUGGGGCGAUUAUCAUAUCUUCGAAAGAGAAUCCGAAAAGUGAUGGAGCCGGCCAAGAAUAAGUAGCUCGACAACGACUCGUACAGAAGCUUCUGAGUUAUCGAUUGUAUGAUAUUCCGAGAUUUGAAGUCGGUGAAUGACACUGUCUACUUCAGGAGAGAGGCUAUCCGAGGGAGAGUCAUCGAUUUCUAGCCGAUUCCAAAGAUCCAUCGGGCUAUGUGUGAUCUCCAGAAUAGUGCAGGCCAUUCCAAGGGGUUUGAAAUCCCUAGCAGCAUAAUGGCCGCCGGGAGAUUCCACCGUUCAAGACCACCGUUUAAGACCACCGGUUAAGACCUAUCGUUCAAGAUCCCGUGGUUUAAGAUUGAGGUUCUCAUAAUUUCAAAGCUAUAUUUCUACCGCUUCUUUCUAAUAUUGACUAAAAUAGC